AUAAGCAGUGCUCUUUUGUUUUCAAUAGGGUUGGAUCGAGCGAAACGCUUGGAUGGCUGCUGCCGAUGCCGCGAUGAUCGUCUUGAUCCCCCUCCUGCUACAUUCGGCAAUUCUAUGGAGCGGGAUCUCGGCUCAAUCUACAAUCUCUUCCACUCCACCGCGCGGCUGGAAUUCCUACGAUUCCUUCUCCUGGAUUGUCUCCGAGGACGAAUUCCUGGCAAACGCCCAAGUAGUGGCCGAUUCACUCCAGCAAUUUGGCUACGAGUACGUGGUAGUAGAUUUUCUGUGGUUCCGGAAGAACGUAAAGGGGGCAUCCAUGUCCUCUCCAGGGUAUGAUAUCAUCGAUGAAUGGGGCCGCCUUGUUCCAGAUCCUGUGAGAUGGCCUUCCACGGCCGGAGGCAAAGGAUUCGCCCCCAUCGCGGCCAAAGUUCACGCCAUGGGUCUCAAAUUCGGGAUUCAUGUCAUGAGAGGGAUAAGCACCGCGGCCUUGCAACAAAACACUCCAGUUCUUGGUGCACCGGGGUGGCGAGCUAGAGACAUCGCUUUGCCGUCCAGGCCAUGCUCGUGGAUGAAGGAUUGCUUCGUGAGCGUGGACACUUCGAGCGUGGGUGGCAAGGCGUUUUUGGAUUCUUUGUAUCAGCAAUACGCGUCCUGGGGAGUGCAUUUCAUAAAGCACGACUGCGUUUUUGGAGUGGACGAUCUUAGCUUGGACGAGAUCCAAGCCGUGUCAACUGCCAUCUCCGCUACUAAUCGUGCCAUCGUCUAUUCACUCUCGCCAGGAGUUAAAGCGACUCCCUCGAUGGGAAAGAGCGUGGCGAGCGCUGUGAAUAUGUACAGAGUGACGAGCGAUGAUUGGGAUUCGUGGGGUGAUCUCCAGCUUCACUUCGACGUUGCAAGGGACUUCGCAGCUGCCGGUUUGAUUGGUGCUUCCGGAUUGGAAGGAGGGCGGUCCUGGCCGGAUCUGGACAUGCUUCCGAUCGGAUGGAUCACUGAUCCCGGAGUACGACGAGGACCGCACAGAUAUUCUAACUUGACUCCGGACGAAGAAAAGCUACAGAUGAGUCUAUGGGCGAUGGCCAAGUCUCCGCUUAUUUAUGGUGGGGAUCUGCGGAAGAUCGACCAAGAUACUCUUAGUCUCAUCACAAACUCUGUGAUGCUUGGAAUCAACAGCCACAGCUUUCGAAACAUGGAGAUCAGUGCUGAAGCGGUAUCUGGCAAUGAAGUGCCCUCCGUUCUACGCCUAUCAUCUUGCAGCGAUUCUGGCGAGACUCGGUGGUCUCUCGUCGACCAAAAAAUGUGCUGGUCCGUUCCCAAGUUCCGGAAUGGCAGCGGCGAGCUGAUGACAGGCUGCUUGGAUUGGACAAACGCUACAAACUCAAGGAAAACUGGUCACGUCCAUCUCUCCUCCGAGCUUGGUAACUUGUGCCUCAAAUCAUACGCGAAGCUCCCUCGGGCAUUUGGUUCUCUGAUAAGUAGCAGCUUCUCUUCGUGUCCCAAACACGGGAGUGAGAAAUGGAAGCUUACACCGGAUGGAAAGCUUCACAGUCGCAGUACUGGCCUCUGCGCGGCGGUGUAUCCUCAAGUCUACAGCUCUCGCGUGUGGUCUGCCCGUGGAAGCGAUGGAGAGUACUACGUGGGACUCUUCAACGUUGGUUCCAAGGCUGCAAAGAUCGCCAUCACGGUGGCGAAUCUCGUAAACCAUGGGACGAGAUCGAAGCCUGGAUCGUCGAGUGAUGGAUGGGAGUGUGAUGCGAUGGAUAUUUGGAGCAACAAGAACAUUGGAGUGAUUUCUGAUGCGUUGGAAGCGUCAGUCCCGGCUCAUGGCGCCGCAUUGUUCUCAUUGACAUGCAGCCCCACAAAGAGGUGACGAGGAAAAGUGUGAGUUAUUUUUCUAUUUAUUCCUCCAACGAGUAUUGCUCAAUAAGAACAUUCCUUGUGUUUU